CGGUAAUCGAAGAGUUAUUGCUAUGUUGAUUUUUUUUUCUCUUUUUGAAAAUAAACAAAAAUAUCAUCGUUUAAUUAUUUGAAUUUUGAACUUAUAACAAUAAUAUAAACCCUGUAAUAUUAUUAAUGGGUCGUGUAGCGUUAUCUUGUUGAAAAUAAUUAGUGCUCAUACUCUUAUACUUUCCGUGUUUUUAAUAUUGAUGUAAAAAAAAUGUAUAAAAUAAAAGUUCGAAUUGUGCGAAUUUGAAAGUGUAUUUAUGAAAACAGUUAAAAGAUGAGGUGCUGUGUAAAAUCCUGCAAAAAUGAUUCGAGAACUAUAUCCAAAUCACACGGCGUUACAUUUCAUGUGUUUCCAACUGAAUCAAAACUGCGCCAAGCCUGGUUAAAGGCAAUAGGGAAGGAAUCAUGGUCUCCAAGAGAACGUAGUGCUGUCUGUUCAGACCACUUUAUGAUUGAAGAUAUUUUUGUCACCAAGAGUGGAUUAAGGAAAGUGAGGAAUGGUGCAGUUCCAAUUUCUGAUAGUAGUGUUUGCAGUUACAAUGAAAAUACUGUUAAUAUUUUGGUGUGUAGAAUAUGUCUUGGUUCAGAUGUGAAGUUAUUGCCUAUUGGAAAGUUUAGUUUGGAACAAACAUAUGAACAUGUAACAGGACAUGCUAUGUCAAAAGGAGAUAAUUUACCUCAAUACAUUUGUUUUGAAUGUGCGCAGAGACUGACAAACUGUCAUAUGUUUAAAAUGAAGUGCUUGAAAUCUAGAAGGCUUCUAUUAGAUUUGAUAGCAGAUGAUAGUAACAUUAGUAUAGAUAGUAUUAAAUCAAUAGACAGACAGACACAUAAACUAACAUCAGACCUAUCUAUAACAAUAUUGGAUCCAGAUAAAAUAGUGAAUCUAGAAUAUGUCGAAAAUAUAAAUAAGAUUGAAAUUGAAAACAUACCGGAGCAAGAUAAAAACGAUAUAUUUGUGCAAGAGUUACCGAAAGACUUCGACGAUGAUUUUAAUGAUAGAGACGACUUUAAUGAUGUGGAUAAUGUUAAUGAUAAAGAUUAUGAUAAGGAUUGCGACAAGGAUUACUCCUCAGAUGAUAGUCUACCUCUUGAGUUGCAAAGAAAGAAGCGUAAAAAGACGAAAAAGAUGAAAAAAGUCGACGAACCAAAGAUCGAUAGACGACGGAAGCCAUUUUUGAAUGCCGAUUUAAAUGAGACGUUAUUCACGAUCACGGACCUGACCGUGGAGGAGCAGGUCGCCGAGAUUGAGAAGAGGCAGGAAUCGGCGAAUUAUAAAAAUGCUGUAUUCAAAUGUGGGGAGUGUUUCAAGGGGUUUUUGGACGAGGACGCUUAUAAUGGACAUAUGACACGACACACUAAUCAAUGCGGCGAACACGAAUGCGCAAUAUGUAAGACACAUUUUAAACAUCCACACGCGCUGCGCAAGCACAUAACGGCGCAUCAUACACAGAGAUAUAACUGUAAUAGGUGUCCGUAUGUCACUACGCAUAGGCAGACUGCUCGGCUCCACGAGCGUUGGCAUAAAGGGACGAAAUACCAGUGUCCGCAUUGUCAAGAUGAAUUUGUUAAAUUCACAACAUAUAUGGGACAUAUACGUAUAAAGCAUCCAUCUGACUUCAUAUGUGUUCUCUGUGGUUAUUCCUUCGUCAGUGAGAAAGGCAUAGAACUGCAUAAGAAGUUAAAACAUCGAUUGGAUGAUGGAAAGAUGCCUGACGAUGGGCCACUUUGUGAGUUAUGCAACGUUCGUUUUGUGUCCGCGGAGGCGUAUAAAAGACAUUUAAGUGUGUCCGCCAGACAUACCAACGAUUCAAAAGACAAAUCCAGGAAAGGAAGGAAAACACGCGAGAAAAUGGAUAAAAACGAUAUUUUUGAUAGGAAGAAAAAUUAUCCGAGCCAAUUGAGAAAAGCUGAAGGUCCAAUACCUUGUGAACAGUGUGGCGUUGAAUUGGAGGACUCCCGCGCGUACCACAGUCACUUCCGACGACAGCAUCCAGACAAGAAUCGAACCAACUACCCGUCAAUGAAGUCGCCGUGUAUGUGCGAGGUCUGCGGAAGAAUGUUUCAGAGCUACGCCCUCCUUAAAGAUCACCGCUGGGUGCAUACUGGCGAGCGUCCCUUCGCGUGUUCAAUAUGCGGCAAAUCGUUCCGUAUGAAGCAACGUCUAGUAGCACAUGGGCGUGUGCACAGUGAACUGAGGGCGUCCUACACGUGUGCCAUGUGCGGGAAAAGCUUCUCCACCCAUAGUAAUUGUCAGCGGCAUAUGUUUAUUCACACCGGCCUCCGUCCAUACAAAUGCGAGAUGUGCGGCAAAUGUUUCAAACACGCGAGCGAGAAGCGAGCUCACAUAACAUAUGUGCAUCUCAAGAAACCCUGGCCCAAACGGAGCCGAGGGAAACGGACCGGAAAGGGUCCCCUAGAUUCAGGGGGCAUGGCAGGUGAAAUGGAGUCCCAGGUGUGGCCGACCCCGUGUGACCCCAAAAUUCUCGACGUCAACCCUCUGAUAGAUAAGUCUAUGUAUUAUAAUCUUAAAAUGUAAAAUAUAUACCAUAUACAAUAAUAACUAAGAAUAGGUGACCGUAAUUUAAAAAAUCAGAAAUGUGUUGUCCGCUAUUGUUUAAAAUUUUCAUAGAUAAAUAAUGAUUUAAUAUAAAUAAUUUUAGUCUCUGGUUUUCUUGAGCUUGCACACCUCGGCUAUCAUGUGUAACUGACACAGCUCAGCUGUCAGUUAAAGAGAUUUCAUUCAUUACGACCUUGGUUUUAGCGACCAUCUAGCUUAAGUACCUUGAAUUUAAAGGGGUUAAAGGAGUGAAUCAUUUGUGACAAUUUCCUGUUAACUCCAAGCAGAUAUUGCGACUGGAGUCGGCCUCCAAAAACCGCUUUAUCUUUUGUAUUCACACAGAUGGUCAGCGAAAAAAGACCUUUAACUUUCGUUUAUAGAUAUUGGUUAAGUAAGUGUAUUUUUUGUAAUAAAAGGCAAACAGGCAGGAGGCACACCUGAUGAUACCGCCGCCCAUGGAAACUCUCAAUGCUAGAGGGCUCGCGAGUGCGUUGCCGGUCUUUUUUUUUAGAUUGGCUGAGUAAAUAUUUUUUUUAAAUAACAAUAAUAAACAAACCGACCCGUAUGAUGACUAAAUGUUUGUACAAAUAUAGUGUAAUAGUGCAAACUUACUGAAGCCUAGUAUUUUAUAAGUAAUUUAAGUAAGUAAAUUAUUGGUAUGUAAUCUUUUAUGCUGGCCAUAGACGGACCGCAUUUUGCAGCCGAGACUGACUGCUCUACAGCGGUCGCGAUGUGUAGUUUCCAUACUAAAUUCAUAUCCGCAAUACACGAACCGCUCGAGCAGUUCCUGAGCGGUCGGAGCAGUCGCUCUGAGGUCGAGUUUCGCCGUGCUAUCGGUUGCUGCCGACUGCGCGCUACUGCCCCCCCCCCCCCCCAUUUCCUUCCUCUCGGCUUAAAAUACGAACUUAUCAAAUGAAACCGCAAUUCUAAAGCAGUUGAAAAUAUUGUCUUCUCUCAGCUGGGCAUACAAAGUUUCGUAUCCCUAGCCUUCUUACUAACUACUUAGUGCCGUGAGACGUACUUUUUAAUUUUAGUGUAUCAUCUUUUUAUUAUAGUUUGUUUUGUUUCCUGUUUAGUAUUGUCCUAAUAACUGUGUAUAACACGUAUUUUAGCACUUCUUGCGUGUCUUAUGUAAUUAAAUACUUUUUUUUCUCUCUUUACUCACAGUGGUUGCCUGGAAGAGAUUGCUCGAAAGCGAUAAGGCCGCCAGUUGCCCUCCUUUUGAUUUCAUGUUCAAUUUUUUUUUAUAUUGUAAUGUAACGAAGUGUUAAUAAAUAAAAAAAAUAUAGUAUGAAAUACUCCAUGCUGUUGUCUUGAUUGUAGUAUUGGACGCACCCACAUACUACGGUGUCUCCUACGCCUACGCUUGCGUAAUAGUGGUAAAAGAAGCAGUGUUUCUUCAUCGAAAUCCAUUUUGUAAAUGAACUUGCAUCAAUAUUAUUUUGCGGUCGAACACAACUGCUCCAAGCAGUCGUGUACGUCUCAUCAUGCGGUACGUCUCUAGCCAUCGUUAAUCUCGCUUUCCUACGUGACUAAUAAAAUUGGACUGAUCUCAAUACUUUUGCUUUACUCUCUUUUCUCUAUUACUGUCAAGUUUUUUUUAGUAUUAUUGAAUUACUUGAAUCUAGUAGAAGCAGUAUUUGGACUUUGGAGUUUUUUUAUAGCAUAUGUUUGACAACUCAUCAAAAUUUAAUAAUAACAGUAACAGGGGUUGAUGUCAAGUGAUACCGCCCAUGGAUGGACAUGAACAUUUCUCGUUUCUGGUCUUAUAAGAAUUGGCACGCUUUAAUUAACAUAACGUGGACGUCGUUUGAAUUAAAGAUUGACAGUCAAAUGCGAUUUAUUAAAAUGAUAAAAAGUAUUUAUAUCCCGAAAAUUGUCGUUCAAAAAUUUGAACCGGCCAGUUUGGUUUCAUAGUAAUAUAUGUUGGUUUUAUUAUGGAACGCGUAAUGAGAGUGAAUGAAACCUACAAGAUGAUGAAGCGUUUCGCUUGAUUGUGAUUGGUCAACAGCAUCUCUAGUCCACACACGAUUCGUUGUUCCUUUUGACUAAUCAAUAGCAAGUGAAAUGCGCCGUUUGUUAGGCAUUUCACCUCCUAAGACUUGUUGAGCAUUAAACAAGGGAGUGGGGGAAAGUUUGCGCAUCGUUCACAGCGCGGGACACAAACGUCAACUGAUUUAACAAUCACCUAAAAAUCGCUUAAUUUGUUCAAGAUGUUUGCCGGUCUGUACGUAAUUUAGACGUAAUUCGCUCAAACUUACGCGAACUAGAUUUAAAACGUAUACAAAAUAACUUAUUUUUCUCUUUAGUUUAAAAACUAUAGUAUGUCUUGUGCCUUUUUGGUUUUAGAACUACUAUUGUAAUCUAUCGUUUGACAUUUGUAAGCGAAACUGCGAAACAAGGCUUUUAAUGAAACUAUUUCGUAGAAAAACUAGAUUAAGAAAAAAGUGUGUAACCUGAAUAAUUAUUUAUCUUGACUGUUAUGUAAGUUAUAGGUAGCGCAGUUUUUUAUCUAUAAAAGUAUUUUGCUGGAUUUUUCUUUAAGGAAACACUCUAGUCUUCUGUUUCCUAGUCAGGGCUGGAUUUAUGGGGACUUCGGAAAAACAGUCUUAAAUUCCGACUAGUAAACAACUUUUCUUUUGAUAUAUUUUUAUUUAUUAAAGGAAUCUACUUGGUUUCACAAGAAAUCAUUAAAAAAUUGAUUGAAAAAACUUGUUUAUUUGGAAAAUAAAAUUUACUAUUUAUACAAAAUUUGUCCGCUACUCUGUAAAGGCUACUAUGUCAAUAUUAACCGGCCUUUUCAUAACCUGAAAAUGUAUGUGUAACUGUCCGUCAACAAUUACAGUUUACUAAGAACGUAAUCUUGAUUUUGCUGUUACGUAACCUAAUCCGUGCCAAGUCAGUCUUGAAUUUGUAUGUAUGAAUAAAGCCGGUUAAUAAAUAAUAAGUCACA